CGGGGGUCGAAGAUCGCUGAAAUAUGCCAUCGCAAACUGGUUGCCGGAGUUUUAUCAAAAAAAUUAAGCUUGGGGACCGAUCAGCAAACCGCAACCGGCUGUAACUAUGGUCAUGCCCAUCAUUCCAAUCAUUCCAUCGGUCAACACGUGCAUGACGCUGACGAGCACCAGCACGACGACGACGACCACCGCGAACCCGAUGCCCGUGCUCGAGGUCAACACGACGCAGCUGCAGCUUUACGCGGACGUUUGCAGCACCGUAACGAGCGCCCUGGAAAGCGUGCCCGCGCCGAUCAUGAACUCGCUCGUGUCCGCCACCAAGGUGGUCACCAACGAAUCACUGCCAAAUCCGGUGGCCGCCGCCGUGAUGAACCUUGCCAUCCCGACGACCAUCUCCAUCCCGAGCAUUCCCGGCCCGAUCAUGAGCAUUAAUACGACGGACGUUAUCGAAGACUGCGCCGAGGACAAAGGCAACAUGAGCGAACCGUUGGAGGACGACGCCGUGAUUGAGAACGACCUGGAGCAGCAGCAGCUGGACGAAUCGGCGGAGAAGCGAAAAUCGAUGGAAAUACCGUUGCUUGUGGACGAGGAACUCAAGACCGAGGAGGAAGUGCAAGCCAAGCUUGAUCUGGACGAAAACGAGGUGAAAAUGGUCGACGCGAGCGAGGAAAACGAGACCGUCAACGAUGAGGUGGUAAUCAACCAACAUUGAAGAGGACGACGGCGGCGUGAAGGCGGUUGAACCGAUGGAGUGCGGAAGUAGUUUGACUUCGCCGAAGCACGUGAUGAAGACGCACUUUGACGACGUGAUGAUGUCGGAGACGACAUCGACCUGUUCCGGAAGCAAGCAGGUCGAGAGUUCGGACACGUCGUUGAUUUCGAACGCGGAGCUGGCAGAGUUCAAG